UGCAUUUUAUGGUGGAGAAAAUAGAGAAGAGUCUCACAUUCAACAAAAAUUUAAAGCUUUGAUUAAACACUUGAGUGUGGUUCUUCAUGAUCAUUGGUGGUUUGGCAUGAUCCAAGAUUUCUUAUUGAAAUAUCUUGGUGCUACUGUUGCUGUUAUUUUGAUCAUUGAGCCCUUCUUUGCUGGGCAUCUUAGACCUGACACUUCAACUUUAGGACGUGCAGAGAUGUUAAGCAAUCUGAGAUAUCACACUAGUGUCAUAAUUUCACUGUUUCAGUCGCUGGGUACUCUCUCUAUUAGUUCAAGACGGCUAAAUCGGCUCAGUGGUUAUGCUGACCGCAUUUAUGAGUUAGUUGUCGUAUCAAGAGAGCUAAGUGCUGAUGAUAAAUCUUCUCUUCAAAGAAAUGGAAAUAGGAAUUGCUUUAGUGAAGCUAACCACAUUGAAUUUUCUGGUGUUAAGGUUGUUACUCCAACUGGUAAUGUUUUGGUGGAGGAUCUGACUCUUCGGGUUGAACCAGGAUCUAAUCUUUUGAUUACUGGUCCAAAUGGGAGCGGGAAGAGUUCUCUUUUUCGAGUUUUAGGAGGCCUUUGGCCCUUGGUCUCUGGCCAUAUUGUUAAACCUGGGGUGGGUUCUGAUCUUAACAAGGAGAUUUUCUAUGUGCCUCAAAGACCGUAUACAGCUGUGGGAACACUUCGUGACCAGUUAAUUUAUCCUCUUACAGCAGAUCAAGAGGUUGAGCCACUCGCACAAAGUGGAAUGUUGGAGUUGUUGAAAAAUGUUGACUUGGAGUAUUUGUUAGAGCGUUACCCACCUGAGAAGGAGAUUAACUGGGGUGAUGAAUUAUCUCUGGGGGAGCAGCAAAGAUUGGGGAUGGCCAGACUCUUCUACCAUAAGCCUAAAUUUGCAAUUCUUGAUGAGUGCACUAGUGCUGUGACAACUGAUAUGGAAGAACGUUUUUGUGCUAAAGUUCGAGCUAUGGGAACAUCAUGUAUAACAAUCUCGCAUCGUCCUGCUCUUGUUGCAUUUCAUGAUGUGGUAUUGUCCUUGAAUGGCGAAGGAGGAUGGCACGUGCACUACAAAAGGGAAGAUUCUCCAGUUGUAACUAAACCUGGUGCCAAGAUGUUGAAGACUUCUGAUACAGACCGCCAAAAUGAUGCAAUGGCAGUUCAACAAGCAUUUGCUGCUGCAGAAAAGGACAUUGCAUUUUCGGAUUCAAAGGAACAAACAUACAUAUCUGAGAUAGUGCAGCACUGUGCAAAUAUCAGGCUCAUUGCUAUUGUUCCCCAACUGCAAAUGUCAAGGAUAUUGCCAUUGAGAGUAGCUGCCAUGUUUAAAGUAUUGGUGCCUACAGUAUUUGACAAACAAGGGGCACAACUGCUUGCAGUUGCUAUUCUUGUUGUCUCGAGAACAUGGAUCUCAGAUCGGAUUGCCUCACUGAAUGGAACUACUGUGAAGUAUGUCCUGGAACAGAACAAGCCAGCCUUUAUUCGUUUAAUUGGUGCUAGCAUCCUUCAAAGUGCUGCAUCUUCUUUUGUUGCGCCUUCAUUAAGGUAG